CCGACGCUUAAAUAAAGUUUUCUCGCAUUUGAAUGAAACAUGGCCGCCACUGAAGUCGGAUGUGAGCACUAUGUUCGCAGCUGUUUGUUAAAAGCACCCUGCUGUGGGAAGUUUUAUGUUUGCAGACUCUGUCAUGAUGGUGAAGAGAACCAUCAAAUGGACCGAUUUAAGGUCCGAGAAGUCAAAUGCUCAUCGUGCAAUACUAUUCAAGAGGCUCAACAGACAUGUAAAGAAUGUGAAGUGAAGUUCGGGGAGUAUUACUGUGACAUCUGCCAUCUGUUUGACAAAGACAAGAAGCAGUACCACUGCCAGCCCUGCGGGAUAUGCAGAAUUGGCCCGAGUGAGAAAUACUUCCAUUGUACGAAGUGCAAUUUAUGUUUAGCCACUGAUCUAAAAGAUAAUCACAAGUGUGUUGAGAACGUGUCUAGGCAGAACUGCCCUGUGUGUAUGGAGGACAUCCACACGUCCAGAAUAGGGGCUCAUGUGCUCUCGUGCGGCCAUCUGCUACACAAAACAUGCUUUGAUGACAUGUGCAGAACUGGGGCUUACCGCUGUCCCCUGUGUAUGCACUCUGCCUUUAACAUGAAGCAGUUCUGGGAACAGAGAGAUAAGGAAAUUGCCCAUUCUCCCAUGCCCACUGAGUACCAGGACACUACAGUAAAGAUCAUAUGCAAUGACUGCCAGGCUCACUGCACUGUGUCCUUCCACGUGUUGGGCAUGAAGUGCAGCACCUGUGGCUCCUACAACACGGCACAGGACGGGGGUCUGAUCGCACCCCCCGCCGUCGACCCACGACCGCCUGCACAGCAGCCGCUAGAAGAAGAGACCGAAACGCAGAACCACGACUGAUGUUCAUCUCCCAGUUAAGCUUUUACAGAACUGACUGUAUAAUUUAGAAAUACAAACUCUUCUCUCUCACUGCUUCCAUGUCUGUACAACUGCUCUUUUUUCUUAUCCUUUUUUUUUUUUGCUGGAUUAAACUGGAUGAGAACUUUU